GUAUCAGAGCCCCUUCUUCUCUGAUAUCUCUAAUUCUCAUCGUAGCCUCCCUCCACUUCCAGUUUCUUUUCUUUCAACCUUUUUUUUUCCAAUGGAAAACAAGAACCACCCUGCUCUAAUGGUGACAAACAUUCGGAACUUUGUUCCUUUCACACUCGAAAUGGAGAGCGGCCAGUAUAACUCAUGGGCUGAGUUGUUCAAGAUUCAUUGUAGAGCUUUUUUAGUCUAUGAUCACAUAGACGCCUCUGUCCAACCUCCCACCCUUUCCGAAACCCAAACAAACUCUUCCGAUAAGGAAAAAGAUGCCACACCGAAACCCAAAGUCGUUUCUCAAGACGAUAUUGAUCUCUGGUAUCGUCUGGAUGCUAUUGUCCUCCAAUGGAUAUAUAGUACUAUAUCCAAUGAUCUUCUCCACACCAUCCUAAAAACCAACGCAACCGCACUCGAAGCUUGGACCUCUCUUCAGGACAUCUUUCAAGAUAACAAGAAUGAAAGGGCUCUUUUCUUAGAGCAUAAGCUUGUCACCACUCGACUCGAAAAUUACCCCAACAUGUCCGCUUAUUGUCAAGCGGUCAAAAUGCUAGCCGAUCAACUCUCAAACGUUGGUGCUCCUGUCACAAAUCAGCGAAUCGUGCUUCAAUUAAUCGGUGGUUUAACCUCUGCUUAUGAUGGGAUUGCUAUGAUAAUCCAGCAGAUUAAACCUCUUCCCGGUUUCUAUGAAGUAAGAUCGCGCUUGUGCAUGGAGGAAUCUCGGAAGGCCAAUCAGGCCCACUAUGAAGCCGCUAGUUCUGGAUCGGCAUUGCACGUUCAUCAACCUCGCCCAAACGGUGAGUACCGCACUCAGUCAAAUCGCGGCCGUGGAAGAGGCCGUGGUGGCCGCGGACGGGGCGGCAACCGUGGACGCAACGACGGCUCAACUCAGUCAUAUGGCAGAGGUUCUGGCUCUAAGGGCGGAUCUCACGUCCCAAACACUCAAGCCUGGCCCACUUCUUCCUACGGCCCACAAGCCUCCGGCCCACUACAAAAUUCUCAAUGGCCUUAUCCACCAUGCCCGUAUCCAGCAACCCCUAUGCGCCCACAACAAGGCCCAUACACUGGACAAGGGCUCUUAGGCCCACGCCCACAAAACCACCAGGCCUAUGCAACUUCUGAGCUAUCAUACGCACCUACCGAUGUCGAACAAGCACUCCAUGCAUUGUCUCUCAACUCAUCUGAACCACAAGGGAUCUUCGACACCGGGGCCACGGGACACAUGACCAACAACUCAGGACUACCGGACGCGGACACCUAUCCUCCGAUGUGAUAGCACGGGAGACUUGUACCCGCUCACUCUCAAUUCCGGUUCUUCAAUAAAGAGUCCAACUGCCUUGACAUCCAUCUCUCAAGACAUUUGGCAUCAACGCCUCGGACAUCCCGGGCGAUCUAUUUUUAAACUUUUGCAAUCUAGUUUACCUUCUGUCUCAAAUAAACCAUUGUCGAAUGUUUGUUCGUCUUGUGUUCUUGGAAAACAUAUCCGUUUGCCUUUCAAUGAAUCUAGCAAUUACACAUAUUUGCCAUUUGAUA